AUGAAGGAGGAUAAAGACUCGAUCAGUUAUUGUCUGAGUACGGUCUCGCGAUUCGAGAGCGGGGGGGAUGGAUCUGCGACGAGGUACGAGUACCAUCCCGAAUCACGAACGGUUGUCCAUCGCGGGUUUGUCAAUGAGCGACGCCGGCACGACGAUCAGCAUGGUGCCUCGUCGGAAGAGGAUCAUGAGGAGCACACCAGCGACAAUCUCUUGGUCUGCACAGACGUUCGAAGCCCAAAGGUCGGACAACUACUACACACCAGCCGUGCCUCUGGCGAACCCUCCUCUGGCGUUCUCCCUUCUCAAUCUGGCCCCCUGGCUUCGAUCUGUUGGUGGUUCUCUCCCACCGGAGAACAAUACAGAAUCCAAGCUCGAGCAUAUGUGAUCUCAGCGGAAAGUGAAAGAGGAAGAGUAGCCGGCUUAACGGCCGAGCAAGCGAGACGAUUGGGGCCGCGGGGCGGAGCGGAUUUCCAGUGGGAGGCGGAGCGGCUGCGAGUGUAUGAGAAGCUGUCUUCGGAGCUGAAAGCCUCGUUUGUUGGAGAGAAUGCGCCCGGUAGCAGGUUAGUCGCAGACGCCUCUGAGAAGCCAACUGCAGAUCUGGAGAAGCAGCUGGAGAUGGGCGACCAGGAGCUCCGGGCGGCCGCCCUCAAACACUUUGCUCUGAUUGUCUUGGAGCCCGUGUCGGUCGACCUUGUCCAAUUGAAGACUAAGCCCCAUCACAGGUUCUCAUGGAAAAAGACUCCCUCUGGAGAUUGGGAGGAAACCGAGCUCGUUCCAUAA